ACGAACCAAACAACUUGCUGUACAUAUAAAAUGACAGGGAUCACUGACUCAGUUGCUGCUUACCAAUUCCCUCUCUCACACUCCAUGAUCAAUCUUUUGUCAAAGGUCAACGCCCAAAUUCCUUCUUCCCACCCCAAAUUUGCUUCACCAUCACUCCACAGAUCCUAAAUCCCUUUCUGGGUCUCCUUCUCCCCCACAAAAUCUCAAAUGGGUCGGAGGCAGAGCGACCCAGAAGCCACCCUUUGCUCAACUCCCGUCCUCUUCUUGGUGGGUCUCUUCUCCUGUUCUCUGGUCUACGCUUUCCUCUCUGUGGUGCUUAAACCCAAUGCGCCCUCCUCGUUUUCGGAGAUGGAGUCAUUAGCAAUGGUGGAGCAGAGUAAGGUGGAGAGUGAUGGAGGGUGUUGCAGAGGGAUUGAGAAUUUGGAGCUGUGGGGUGCUGCUGUGAAGUGGGGCUCAGAGUUUAAGUUCAAUUCUUCAGAGGAGUGUUGUCAGGCUUGUAAGGGGAUGUGUAGUGGGACUGAUGGGCCUUGUUUGUGUGAUAGUUGGGUCUUCUGUGGGAAUAGGGAGGCUUGUGGCUCUAAAUUUGGUGAGUGCUGGUUGAAGAAACAGAAGGAUACAUUGUCCCCUGAGCGCCAGGAAAAAGGGGAGACAGUUAGUUGGACAUCUGGAAUCAUCUUUGGGAGAGGAGAGGGCAUUGUUGGCUUGGAAACACCAUAUGGAACUCUACAUAUAAAACUUCUCCCCGACUGUGCCCCUCAUUCUGUGGCCUACAUUCUUGAGUUGUUGCCAUUGCGUCAUUGUGCCGGCUGCCAAUUCUAUCGUGCAGAGAGUCGUGGGGGAUCAUGGGACUCGGAGGGAAACCACAUAAAAGAUGCUUCUUUCGGUCCUCCUUUUGCACUGGUUCAGGGAACACUGGAAGCCCAAGGAGCCACAUUCAAGGAGCUUCCAACUGAAUUUUGCCCAACCUUAAAAAGGGGUUCGGUAGCAUGGAUUGGCUCUGGUCCCGAAUUUUUCAUAAGCCUAGCAAACCAUGAGGAAUGGAAAAAAGAAUACACCGUCUUUGCUUCUGUUCUCCCAGAAGACAUGCACAUCGCUGAGACAAUUGCUCAGCUUCCCACCACCGCUAAUGUUUGGAACAACAUCAAUGUGUCUGUGUUGGAGAAGCCUGUUCCGUUGAUGUUGCGCAGAAUCAAGACAAGCCAUGGAGAACUCACCACAAACGCAAAAUAAGAUUAGAAGAGCCUAUACAAUACUGGUAUGCAUACAAUGAGAUUCGAUCCGUCUAUCUGGUUUUCUCUCCGUAUUCUGACUUAAGCUUGCAUUGCUUUCUCGGAGUGAUGACUGACCUAGAUGGGACUUACAGAAAGUUUUUGUGUUUUCAUGUAACAAACUACAUUCAUGUAUCAGAGCAAAAACCAAGCAGGGAAUAGUAACAAACUGUUUCUGAAGCGUUUUUAUGUACCAAACUUCAUUCAUGUAUCAGAUUAAAUACAAAGCAAAGGAUUAAUUAACCCAGUUGAUCAUAUUGAAGUAUUGAACGGUUCUG